UUUAAUUAUUCUAACAAAUGAAAGGAAUAUUGAAGUAAAGUGACUUUGGUAAACUCUUUGAGAUUCACUCCUGACGACUUGUGCCUAGACUUCCGGUUUGGUUUUAUUCCUCGAAAUAUUUAUAUUUACUUGUAUAUCUGCGUGUGUACAGAGAUAAACAGAAUUAUAUAUGAAGUCAGUAAUUUGAAACGACAUGGGGUCUUUGUUUUCCAAGAAGAAGCCAGAAUCUAGAGUUACCGAACAAGACAAAGCUAUCUUGCAAUUGAAACAACAAAGGGAUAAGUUGAAGCAGUAUCAGAAGAAGGUGCAAGUGCAAUUAGAGAAAGAGCGAGCUUUGGCAAAACAGCUUCUCAGUGAUGGCAAGAAGGAGAAAGCCAAACUUCUACUUAGGAAAAAGAGGUUUGCAGAGGGACUUUUAACAAAAACUGAUGGACAAUUAGACAAUAUUGAGAGAAUGGUUCAUGACAUAGAGUUUGCCCAGAUUGAGGCAAAGGUGGUUGAGGGACUGAAGAUUGGCAAUGAAUCUUUAAAGAAGAUGCAUCAAAUAAUGUCUAUAGAAGAUGUUGAGAGAAUUAUGGAUGAGGCACAAGAAGGAAUUGAGUACCAACAGGAGAUUGAUUCUUUACUAGCAGGAGGUCUUACUGAGGAAGAUGAGGAUGCUGUGCUUGCAGAACUUGAUGCAAUAGCUGGAGAGGCAACAGCCAAGGAGGAAAUAGAUAUCAACUUACCUGAUGUGCCACAGGACAAACUACCAGAGAUACAGCGGGAAAAGCAAAGGAAAGAGCAUGAAAAAGAGGCAGUAAUGGCAACAUAGCAAAACAUUGAUUGUAGUUUUUCAUUUUAUUGAACCAUAUGAACUUUUUUAAUAGGUCAUCUUCACAAUUAUGUGUAUAAGAAAAUGGGAUGGAAUAAGCAGAAUAUUAUACAAGUCUUUAAUUCUGAGGUGAAUACCUCUGCAUCUUUCACAAGUGAUAUGCCACGAAGUCCGAAGGGCUUGUGGAAUAUCGGAAUA